AUGCUGCUUCUUGUGCUCUUGACAAGCGUCAUCCGGCAGAGGUGGAACUUGGGCGUCGCAUUUCUAUGUAUCUGGCUUCUCCUCCAGAAUGUCACGGCCGCUGCGAGUACUAUCAUCUGGGCAGACAACGCGGACGUCAAGUUCUACGCAUAUUGCGACAUAGCCUCCCGGAUACAGAUAAUCACAUAUAUCGUCCAACCUAUGGCGACGCUCCUCAUCACCCGCCGGCUGUACGUGAUCGCAAGUCUGCAAUCAGUGGAAAUCCCUAGUACAUGGAAACGGCCGGAUGCUGUUAUAGAAUGGACAUUGGGGUUGUUCAUCCCUCUUCUUGUGGCCGGUCCCAUAUAUUAUGUGAAUCAGGCUUAUCGAUUUGUGGUGUACGAGGGUUAUGGAUGCGUCAAUGCUCCAGCAUUCUCUAUACUCGAGACGCUGAUCCAAGAAUCGUGGAGUAUUCUGCCCCCUCUGGUAUCGGUGAUCUUCUAUUAUCCAAGAGUCGUACAAACGUACUAUCGCCAAAGACGGGACAUCAACAGCAUCUUGCAAAGCGAUCGUUCAAGCUUACGCACAAACUAUCUUCGUAUACUCAUUCUUGCCAGCAUCGACCUGGUGCUGACACUGCCAAUUGCUAUCAUGCGCAUCACGCUGGAUGUGGUGACAGCUCUAUCAUCUUUAGAGUCUUUCCCCUUCUACUCAGGUUGGACACAACUACACGCAAACUGGGAACCAGUGAGCUUCUCUUACGCCGAACAGCAAACCUUCGGAACCGCAUCACUCGUGCAGCUCUGCUUCGGUGACUGGACGUCCCCUAUUUUGAGCUUUGCCAUCUUUGGUCUCUUCGGCGUAACAUCUGAAGCCCGCUGCUCAUACUGGCGGAUAAUCCGUUCUGCGGGUGACUUAUUGGGAUGGAAGGCCAUCUCAAAAGCACUGGAUAAUUCUUCUUCGCCUCGCGACGUCGGUCAGCCGUCAUCUGUCGUGUUAGGAUUCGACCUGGAGAAGGGCAUCGUCAACACAGGCGCUCCCGCUGAAGACCCGGAUACGAGAGCGGAGUCAUCUUGGCUUGAAGGACGCGGAUUGUGUAGCUUGGAGCGGCCCUCGAAAGCAACGGGGGAUCAGGAAGCUCACUGGGAGCAGUCCACUCCCAAAGCAUCCUUGCACAGGAGCUUCGAGCACAAUAUUCCGGCCGUUUGGCAGAGUUCGGAUGCCCACGAGGAAUCGGAUACUAUGAGGCUUGGUUCACCAAAGUCGAUGGAGUUCUCAUCCCGUAGUUAUGCAACGGUCAACUAUGCUGAGGGAAGUAUAAGGCGCUAA